GCGCUUUCACGUUAAUGGCGGGCGCUGGCGGCCUCUGAGCGGGACACAGAUAACCGCUGCCCGCACGGGGAGAGUUUUCCCCGCCUCCACCCUCCGCUAGCCGCUAGUUCUCGAGCUCGCCAGCAUGUCUGUGGUGCCGCCCAAUCGCUCGCAGACCGGUUGGCCUCGGGGCGUCAACCAGUUCGGCAACAAGUACAUCCAGCAGACCAAGCCCCUCACCCUGGAGCGCACCAUCAACCUGUAUCCACUUACCAAUUACACUUUCGGUACAAAAGAGCCCCUCUAUGAGAAGGACAGCUCUGUGGCUGCCAGAUUUCAACGCAUGAGGGAAGAAUUCGAUAAAAUUGGAAUGAGGAGGACUGUGGAGGGAGUUCUGAUUGUACACGAACACCGGCUACCCCAUGUGCUAUUACUGCAGCUCGGAACAACUUUCUUCAAAUUACCUGGCGGGGAGCUGAAUCCAGGAGAAGAUGAAGUUGAAGGACUAAAGCGCUUAAUGACAGAGAUACUCGGGCGUCAAGAUGGAGUUCUGCAAGACUGGGUCAUUGAUGACUGCAUUGGGAACUGGUGGAGACCGAAUUUUGAGCCGCCUCAGUAUCCAUAUAUUCCUGCACAUAUUACAAAGCCUAAGGAACACAAGAAGUUAUUUCUGGUUCAACUUCAAGAGAAAGCCUUGUUUGCAGUCCCCAAAAAUUACAAGCUGGUAGCUGCACCACUGUUUGAGUUGUAUGACAACGCGCCAGGAUAUGGACCCAUCAUUUCUAGUCUCCCUCAGCUCUUGAGCAGGUUCAAUUUUAUAUACAACUGAUUUCCUGCGCAGUGGAGAAGUCGAAGAAGCCGUCUCUAUGAGCACAGCGGUCCACAGUGUAGAAUAAUAAACAUGGUAGACAAGGUUUGGGUCUCUCCCUCCCCCAACCCCUAAACUGCUCCCCAUUUUCUAUCGUUUGGGUAGUAAAGUAACUAUGAACAACUAGGUAGUGGUGUAAACACGUGAUAAUGCUUAAUUUACUUUGAGUUCUACUUAAACUUUUUUUGUACAAUAUUAAACAAGUGGACUUUC